AUGGCUGCCGAAGACAUGUAUCACAAGGCGUUCGCAGACCACGAACACCCCUACCUCAGCUACGGCCUUCUAUACCCGAUUGCCGCCGCCAAGCACGUCGACCACACGUUCCAUGCCGAAAGGGUUUACAUCCUCGCCUCGGCCUCCCUGUCGAAGGACGGCGAUGCAGUGACGCGGCUCGAAGACGCCCUUCAGGGCAAAGUCGUGGGCGUGCGCCGGGGCAUGACGGCGCACACGCUCUGGUCGGAAUGCAUUGCAGUCGCGAAACAGGUCGAGGAGCUGGGCGUGGACCUGUUGCUUACCAUCGGCGGCGGCAGCCUGAUCGAUGCCGCCAAGAUAGUUGCACUGGCUGCCGCCAACGCCGCUUUCGACUUCCCCAGGCUCGAGCAUCUCACCAACAAUCGCGACGCGUCUGUCCAGCGGCCCGACCUCGUGCCCCCGCACAUCCCCAUCGUCUCGAUCCCCACCACGCUCUCGGGAGGCGAGUACUCGGACCAUGCCGGCGGGACCAACGACCAGACCCAGCACAAGCAUGGCUUCGGUCCCAGCCCCCCUCUGGGGCCGCGCCUGAUCAUCCUGUCGCCCCAGCUCGCCAUGACCACGCCGCCGCGUCUCUGGCUCAGCACCGGCAUCCGCGCCGUCGAUCAUUGCGUAGAGACCAUCUGCUCCCCGCACAGCACGCCGCCUUCAGACGCCGCCGCCGCCGAGGCUCUGCGCAAGCUGAUACCGGGCCUGCUUCGCUGCGCCAACGACGUCGACAAUACCGGCCUCGAUGCGCGUUUCCAGUGCCAGCUGGGCGUGCGGGACGCCAUGCAGGCCGUCAAGGGCAAAGCCCCCCUCGGCGCUUCACAUGGGAUCGGUCAUCAGCUGGGCCCGCUUGGAGUCGGCCAUGGUGAGACGAGUUGCAUUCUCCUCCCGGCAGUGUGUGCGUUCAACGCACGCCAUUCAAUCGAUGCCGAGAGUGAGGCCCACGCCAUGGGCAUAUCGGCCAAGCAAGAACGCGUUCUCGACGCGCUGUGGACCGAGCCCAAGGUUGCCGCUGCGCUGACGUCGCGGGGCUUGACCAAGGGAAAGGCGGAUCUGUCUGCAUGUCUCGAUGCGGUCAUUAGCGAGCUGGGGAUGCCAAGAAGCUUGGGGGCGGUGGGUGUAGGGAAGGACAAGUUCGAUGAGCUGGCGUCAAGCAGCUUGAAGGAUCGAUGGUGCCAGACCAACGCCGUGCCUCUGCGACAAAAGGCGCAGGUGAUGGAAAUCUUGGAGAUGUGUGCGUGA